AAGAUGAGACGAGCACAGAGAAGCUGCCGUGGUUUCAUGCUGCCACCCCCCCACGCAGUGGGGAAUGGUAGGACCCAAGCAUGGCGGCUUCCAUACUGCAGCGCUUUCUCCUGCCUGUCAGGACUGCGACCAAAUGUGCAGCCUCGACCUUUACUGCCAGAAGAUGCCUACUUUCAGCAGCAUACACAAACCCCAAAGUGUGGGAACAAAGAGAAGGCGAUCCCCAAAGCCUGGCCGAACUGGCUUCUCUAAUGGACAGGUCUUAUGAGAGAAAGUUUCCAGUCAGCUCCCUCACUAUAUCUCGGUUUGUAGACAAUAUAUCCUCAAGUGAGGAAGUUGAUCAAGCUGAAUACUAUCUAUAUAAGUUUCGCCACAGUCCAAACUGCUGGUACCUCCGGGAUUGGACAGUCCACAGCUGGUUUAGGCAGUGCCUUAAAUAUGGAGCCAGAGAUAAGGCCCUGUACACUCUCAAGAACAAGGUACAGUUUGGGAUGUUCCCAGAUGAGUUCACCUUUAAUCUUCUGAUUGACUCUUAUCUAAAAGAUGGAGACUACAAGGGAGCCUGCUCGGUUGUUGAAGAGGUGAUGCUCCAGGAAGCUUUUGACCAGCCCACAACACAGAUCUUAUCACUUCAUGCCCUGGGCAAAUACUUGGCAAUCAAGCCUGACCUCAGUUGGCAGGAGGAGAGGAACAUGGGAGCAGCUCUUAUGCUGGCUGGACUGAAGCAGGAGAACUCAGCUGGCCUUAGUGCUCAGUUACUAGGUCAUGCCCUCAUUGGUAAGGUGGAGAUUGCCAGAGGAAUACAUGCUGUGUUUCACCAGAUGCCCUUAAUCUGGACUCCAGGCUACCUUGGCCGAUCCCUAGCUGUUAUGGAGAGAGUGUGCUCUGAUGCCGGAGAUUUGAAGCUAUCCAAGGAAGUUCUCAAUUACAUGCAGAAAGUACUGCAGGAGCUUUCCUCCACUCCUGCCUCUAAAACAGAAGAAGAGAACAACACAGAAAAUGAGGCUGGUGACAGCGUAGAUGAGGAAUAUGAGCUUGAAAGAGCUAAACUACCUCAAUACACAGCUAAGUUCAAGGAGCUGAGCGAGCAGCUGCAGGCGCAAGGGAAGGUGGACUCUGGCAGCCUGGAGGCUCUCCUGUCCCGCCUGGUGCAGGAGAAGCUGAGGAUCAGCGAGGAGUCAGAAGUGGCCCAGUACCAAAAGAGGGUGCAAGAAUGGGAGGCUGAGCGGCGGCAGCUGGUCCAGAGAGAGAAGGAGAUGAGAGAAAAAGCUCAACAGGAGCGUCUGGCCAGGCAAGCGGCCAGAGCAGCCCGAUAACACACCCAACACGGGCAAGGCUACAGGCAGCCGAGAAGUGCUAUUGUCUUUUCUGUUUAUUGUGUUAGGUUGAGUGGACGGAAUUUGAGAUCAUGUAUUCUUUUUUCUCUUUUUUUCCCCCCUCAAACCCUGUAAGUCUGUGCAGUAUAAAUAAACCACGAACAUUUGUCAACUCUCA